AUGGUUGCUUCGCGUUUUGGCGCAACACCGCCCUGGGUGCAAAUGGCGCCAGCGUUUUGCGCCAUCUCUCUUCGGUUCGUUGCGAAAUCCAAUCGAAAUGGUCCGACGAUGAGAGUGUCGAUUCGGAGUGUUCCGUCUCUCCAAUUUGCCUUCAUCAUCGUCAUGCAUCCGUCGUCGAGUCAUCAAGCAAAGCGCGAAGAAAUUGAUUGGAUCAUGGACGCGCCGAUGCCCGACGAUGAGGAUGAUGAGUGUCUCGCGAGCACGAGCGCCGCGUCGAGCUCGAGGCAAAAUUUGCAAAUCAGCGCGCCGCACCAGUACACGAUGCCUCUGAUUCCGCAAUGCGGGAAGGUGUUGCCGCCGCACAAGAGCUCGCCGAAAAACGUUGACGACAAGGCCGACGAGGUCCAGUUGGAGACUGGUGAGGGAGCUGGACCAAGUUGCAGCCAUGUUGUAGUCGAGAGCGAUGCGAAGAAGCAACCGGAUGAUGAUCCGAAGAUUAUAGAAGUGAUACCGACGGAAGAAGAAGCGAAUGAGCUAUUGAUGCGAAUGAAGAAGAACGCCGAGCCGGCGGCGUCGCCGCGGAAAGGCCGUCACUGGGCGACGGUUUUCUACUACGAGUUGACCGAUAAGGUCGGUCCGACGUUUUUCGCGCACGGCGACCAUUUCAUCGUCGACGGUUACGCGUCGCGCUGGACGCCGAACCGGAUGUCGUUGUCGGCGAUACCGCUGCACGGCUCGAUGAAGAGCAGCGCGAUUCGCAAUCAACUCGGCAAAGGGAUUUUGGUGUCGCGCGCCGACGACGGCGUCGUCACGCUCAUCAGCGAGACGACGUCGCCGAUUUUUGUGCAAUGCCCGCAGACCGCCGAAAUUAUGGGCGAGGUGCCGAACAUGGUGUUUCGACUGCAGAAUGUGCCCGGUAAAGCCAAUCAAUUGCAAAUAUUCGAUGAGAAUUAUUUUCAAAAAUUGUUGGAGAGGCGAAAAAAUCUGAUGAACGAGGGCUAUUAUAUGCUGCAUAGUCACUGCAUCACGCGAAUCUCGUUUGUCAAAGGAUUCGGCUCGGAUUAUUCGCGGGCGGCGAUCACCGAGAAUCCGUGUUGGAUCGAGAUUCAUAUGAACAAUAAAUUGGACGAGUUUGAUAAGAUGAUUCGAUCCGGCAAUUUUGUCGAGGAGAUCGGCGAAGAUUGCGAACAAUUAUAA